AACCAGUAGAAGAAAAUCUAAAAUCAAGAUCUACUAGAUCUUUUCAGUAUCUUAAGGAUACAAGUGAGCUCAAUUUGAAAAAAAAAAAUAGAAAAUCAAUGGAUUCUGUUGAUCACUUAGAAGAUUAUGUAAAUAAAAGAAGAACAUCUCCACAAAUUAAUGAUUUUAGUACAAAAGAAAAUAAAUCAAUGAGGAAUUAUCAAUUAAGAGAGUAUCAUUCAGUAAAAAAGAAAAGCUUGCUCCCCUUGUGCUUUGAGGAUGAGUUGAAAAAUCCAAAUGCCAAGAUAAUCAACAUUAGUCCAGCAAAGAUGGUGACUUCUCACAUGGAACAAAAUGACACAAAUCCCAUAAUUUUCCAUGACACAGGAUAUAUACAAAUAUUACUUUUAUCAAAAAAUAGGCUUUAUUCUUAUCCUUUGGAAAAUGAAAACAUUUACUCAUGUAAAAGAAAAAAUUCUGUUUUAGAAAAAAAUUGUGAAAUUCUCAAAUCUUUAAUUAGUGAUCGAUCUAUUAUUACUCCUUCCAAACCCAAAAAAGCUAUGUCUACAGCAUGGAGAAAAGAUAUGCGAGCCAUAUGUUUCAAAGUGGGCCACAGAAUUGUACAGGAGAAACUAACGAAGAAAACUCAUAAGCAGACAUUAGAAAACACACCUUGGAAUACACUCUAUGAUUUCUCACAGACUUUCUCCAGCCUAACAAAAAAAUGUGUGGGUUACCUUGAUAAAACUGUUCUUCAAGAAAUGAAUGCUAAAACUGGCAAAUUUCAAAGAAUGUUUUCUACAGUAAAACCAAUGAACACACACAAAUUCAGUUCUUCACCCAUCAAAUAUGAUUCAAAGACUUUUAAAAGUAUAUAUAAAUUAAAUAACGUAACACCAUUGGAUGAUUUGUUAAAAAAUGCCUCAUAA